GCAGAGCUAUGCGAUGUCAUACUGACGGUGCUAAGCUUCGUGAGCGGUCAGACGACGCUUAGAGCUUUCGGUUAUUAUGUGUUAAGAAAGAGAACGGUUAAUAUAAUUUUUUUAUUUAAUUUUUUAAAAGGUUGUCUAGGUGGUGUGUAAAUAGUAAAGUGGUUAAGAAAGCACUCCGUUUUGUCGUUAUUUGGGUUUGUUUCUGUGUUGCGUCUUCCUUCCUGUUUUCUUCAGUCAGGGAAGAAACGACAGCGCGAGCCGAAAGGACGUCAGAAGGUCCGACAGAGAGACAGCCUCUAUCUCUCACCAUCUAUCGCUCUGUCUGUGUGUCUGUGUGUGUCUGUCUUUCGUCCUUGGUUGUCGUGUCCUCGGGUCUGAUCGUGUCCCGCGGAGUCUUAAUGCCCGCGGAGGAUGAGCCCAGCCAUCGAGGGGAUGGAGCCAGAGCAGCCGAUGGCUUUGGGGAAGGGGGUUCUCCUUGAGCCCUUUGUGCACCAGGUGGGCGGCCACUCGUGCGUGCUGCGCUUCGGCGAACAGACCAUCUGCAAGCCGCUCAUCCCCCGGGAGCACCAGUUCUACAAGAGCCUCCCUGCGGCCAUGCGCAAGUUCACCCCGCAGUACCGAGGGGUGGUGUCAGUGAGCUUCGAGGAGGAUGAGGAGGGUAAUCUGUGUCUCAUCGCCUACCCGCUGCACAGUGACCUGGGUGAUCUGGAGAAUGUGGACCCCUCAUCUGACCUGGAACCUAAGAAUAAGAUGAAGUGGUCCAAAAAAAUGUUGCUGGACAAUGAAGGCUACAGCAAGGAAAGGGCCAGACACUCACGCAAGGACAAAGACAAGAGUUUGAAGCGGGAGGAGGAGCUGGAGUGGUUCCAGCAGGCUGAGGUGCUCUAUUAUAGCCUGGAGAGGAGUAACGCUGCUGCACCACAGCUCAAGCACAACCCCUGGAGCCUCAAGUGCCACCAGCAACACCUGCAAAGGAUGAAGGAGAACGCCAAGCACCGCAACCAGUACAAGUUUAUCCUGUUGGAGAACCUGACAUGGCGUCACACGAUGCCGUGUGUUUUAGAUCUGAAGAUGGGCACACGGCAGCACGGUGACGACGCGUCCGAGGAAAAGAAAGCCAUGCAGAUCCGCAAGUGCCAGCAAAGCACAUCAGCCAGCAUUGGGGUCCGUCUCUGUGGCAUGCAGGUCUACCAGUCCGACUCGGGUCAGCUUAUGUUCAUGAACAAGUACCACGGGCGCAAGCUGACGUUAGCUGGUUUUAAGGAGGCUCUGUUCCAGUUCUUCCAUGACGGCCGGAGGUUGCGGCGUGAGCUCCUCUCCCCCGUGCUGCGACGUCUCCGAGAAAUGCAGGCCGCCCUGGAGGCAUGCGAGAGUUACCGCUUCUACUCCAGCUCACUCCUCAUUAUUUAUGAUGGAGACCCGCCAUGCUCGCGCCGCUCUACUGAGGACCGCCUUUCCGAUGAAGAGGGAGAAGAAGAAGAGGAGGAGGAAGAAGAAGAAGAAGAAGAGGAGGAGGAGGAGGAGGAGCAAGGCGCUUUUGGGUUUCCUCACAGCACUGGAGGAGCGUGUGGGAGCAGCAGUAGUGGUGCUAGCAGUGGUGCGAACAGCAGCACUGGGAACUCCAGGCCUGUGGUGGAUGUGCGAAUGAUUGAUUUUGCCCACACCACAUGCCGGCACUAUGGGGAGGACAGUGUAGUGCACGAAGGCCAGGACACAGGAUACAUCUUUGGCCUACAGAACCUCAUAACCAUUAUCUCACAGUUAGAGGAGCACAGUGCCGAUUGAACUUGGGCUUUUGCUUGCAAUAUUUAAACACAAAAAUAUACAACCCAACUGCAGAUUGUGAGAUUAAAACAAUGGGAGUUUGACUGUGUCAGUCUCUCUGUCAAAUACCAUUUGUCUCUUUCUUUUUUUUUUUCUUUUCUUUUUUUUUUUUUUAUAUAAAGCUUUUCUUUCUUUCUUGAUUUCUUUCUUUCGAUCCAUUCAGUGCCCAUAAAGGGGCGUUAAGGAAGCUGCAAGGUUCUUUACUGUCUUAUAUUGGUGUUUCUUUUUCCUGUUUUAUAGAGGAUUAAAAAGGGUUAAAUGGGGAGAAUACUGGUGACAUGACAGUGGUUUGUUUACUUGACUGGUAGCCUUCCUCGCAUCGCCCUCUCCCCCUCCCCCUCAAGUUUUACAUCCCUACAUUUUCUAAAAAGCAUUUACUGGCAAAGAAAUGACAAAGUGUAAAUAAUCUAGAAUCUGUGAAUCUAGUCCUGUCCAUUCCAGAAGAAUGAUGUAGCGCUUCAGAUUGCACUCAGUUAUUUGCUCAUACUCUGUGAUUAGAGUAAACGGAAGGUGGAGAAAGGUUGCUUUGCUUUACAAUAAGAAAUGACCACUCUUACAACUUUUUCCACUGUAAAGAGAGAAAUAUAUUCGAGUAAGCAGUAGAGGCACACAGAGACUAUAAUAGAGCUUUUAUUUAUUUGACAAACUGUGUUUCUUAUAUAAACUAAAAAAAAAUACAAAAACAAGUGGUGACCUGAAAACUACAUUCCAUGUUAUUAUGAUUAUAAUGGUUAUAAUGUUAGUAUUUGACGUGUUCAAAUACCUGUUCUGUCAACAGUAUGUUGGAGGAGAAAUAAAACUGUUUUUUGUUAA